GAAAUGUACCGUCACCAAGGCUAUUCCACUGAACCCUGGUUUAGCUGUUGGUGGGAGAAACAGCGAGAAUCGUGAGGAAAGCUCUUCCAACCAAAAGAGGGAGGGGUAAUGCACAGAGGAAGAUAGAGGGGGAAGAAGAGAGAGAACCUGAAACUCAUAACAGGAUUAAACUAGAAGAGAGUGAAAUAGAGAGAUGGACUACAGAUUAAUUAUUAAAGUAUGAGAGGACGCUGAAUGACAGAUCAUUCUGGAGAAGCCACAAAACCAACCAAUGACAGCAACAUGAUUGGGUUAAUAACAGUGGCAGUGGCUGGCUGUGUGUGUGAAUGUCUGUUGCCAUGGCGCAGCGGGAGAUGGGCAGCACCAUUCCGGUUGUCCGGGAGAUAGACAAACAGUUCCUCAUUUGUAGCAUCUGUCUGGACCGCUACAACAACCCUAAAGUCCUGCCUUGCCUUCACACCUUCUGUGAGCGCUGUCUACAGAACUACAUCCCACCAGAGUCUUUGACAUUGUCGUGCCCUGUGUGUCGACAGACGUCCAUCCUGCCAGAGAAAGGAGUCUCCGCUCUACAGAACAACUUCUUCAUAACUAACCUCAUGGAGGUCCUCCAGAGGGAUCCAGAAUGUUCCAGACCAGAGGCCUAUAGUGUCCUGGAGUCAGUGAACGCAGCGACCGCAGGGAUACCACUUUGUUGCCCCAACCACGAGGGAAAGGGGAUGGAGUUCUACUGCGAGUCGUGUGAGACGGCCAUGUGUCUGGAGUGCACUGAGGGAGAGCACAGGGAGCAUGUGACUGUUCCCCUGAGGGACGUCCUAGAGCAACACAAGACACAGCUAAAGACACAGCUGGACGCCAUACGCAACAGACUGCCCCAGCUAACAGCAGCGAUUGAACUGGUCGGGGAGAUCUCCAAGCAGCUGACAGAGAGGAAGAACGAGGCGGUGACCGAGAUCAGCAGUACUUUCGAGGAGCUGGAGAGGGCUCUACAGCUCAGAAAGACUGUCCUCAUUAAUGAUCUGGAGAACAUCUACAGUGCCAAGCAGAAGGUGCUCCAGGCCCAGCUCUCCUCUCUCCUCCAAGGGAGGGAGCGCAUCCAGAGCAGCUGUAGUUUUACUGAACAGGCUCUGGACCGUGGCAGCGCCACAGAGGUACUUCUGGUCCAGAAACAGAUGAGUGAGCGUGUUUCCGCCAUGGCCCGUCACGACUUCCCUUUACGGCCUCACCAGAACGCACACCUGGACUGUCAGGUGGAAACAGAGGGGCUGCGUCGCUCCAUCCAGAACCUGGGCGUAAUUAUCACCACGGCAGCCGUGGGCCACACGUCCGUUGCCACGGGAGAGGGACUCCGCCACGCGGGAACGGGACAGCGCGUAAGUGUCACCGUGACAACCAAAGACAAGGACAGCGAGCUGGUGCGCACGGGGAACGCGUCGCUGAAGGCCGAGAUCACAGCGGUGGCCGACGGGAGCCGCGUGGGGACAGAACCCGACGUGACGGACAACAAGAACGGGACGUACGAGGUGGGGUACACGCUGAGGUCGGAAGGGGAGUUCUCCUUCGCCCUGUCGCUCUACGGCCAGCCCGUGAGAGGCAGUCCCUUCCGGCUGCGGGCGGUCAAGCCUUCGGACGUGCCAUCUCCGGAUGACGUGAAGAGGAGGGUGAAGAGCCCUGGGGGGACCGUGGCCCACAUCAGACAGAAGGCUGUCAGGAGACCCUCCAGCAUGUACAGCACCACCAAGAAGAAGGAGAACCCUAUAGAGGACGAGCUCAUCCACAGAGUUGGUACGCGGGGGCGGGAGAAGGGUGAGUUCACCAAUCUGCAGGGCAUCUCAGCCUCCAGCAACGGCAGAGUGGUGGUAGCAGAUAGCAACAACCAGUGUAUUCAGGUGUUCUCCAAUGACGGGCAGUUCAAGAUGAGGUUUGGGGUCAGAGGUCGUUCGCCUGGGCAACUGCAGCGUCCCACGGGUGUUACUGUGGAUAUGAAUGGUGACAUCAUCGUGGCCGACUACGACAACCGAUGGGUCAGCAUAUUCUCCUCCGACGGCAAGUUCAAGAAUAAGAUUGGGGCAGGGCGUCUCUUGGGCCCUAAGGGAGUGGCGGUGGACCGGAACGGACACAUCAUCGCCGUAGACAACAAGGCGUGCUGCGUCUUCAUCUUCCAGUCCAACGGGAAGCUGGUGACCAAGUUUGGCUCCAGGGGAACGUCAGAGAGACAGUUUGCCGAAAAAGGUGGUGCAAACUUAAAUAGAUCUGUCCCACUGUUCAGUCCACACUUUGUUGCGGUAAACAACAAAAAUGAAAUUGUUGUCACUGACUUCCACAAUCACUCUGUAAAAGUGUACAGUGCCGAUGGUGAGUUCCUGUUUAAGUUUGGUUCCCAUGGCGAGGGAAACGGGCAGUUCAACGCCCCAACUGGGGUUGCUGUGGAUACCAAUGGGAACAUCAUUGUUGCCGACUGGGGCAACAGUCGCAUACAGGUGUUUGACAGCGCCGGCUCCUUCCUGUCCUACAUCAACACGUCAGCCGACCCCCUUUACGGUCCUCAGGGUCUGGCCCUCACCUCAGACGGACACGUGGCCGUAGCCGACUCCGGAAACCACUGCUUCAAGAUCUAUCGCUACCUACAGUGACGAGGAGCGAGGACAGAGGGGAUGGACGGGAGGGCCGAGGGGA